GCUCACUUAUAAGAAACUUGAAUUAUUUUUCCCAAACCAUGGAAAACCAGUCUGUAGCCAACUCCACUGAGUUUCUUGAGGAUCCAUCGUUGUCGUCUGAGGCACCCAUUGCUGCCAAUGGCAGCCUGUUCAAAGUGAUUGUGCAUGCGAUAUUGUUUGUAGUCGGCGUACCGGGUAACUGCCUCAUCCUCCGUGUGUACUGGACCAAGACCCACAAGACCAGCACCCACAUCUUCAUCAUGGCCUUAGCCUGGGCCGAUCUCGCCGUCUGCUCUCUGAGGUGGCGACGCAUUUCGGUAGAAUCCAUCCUGUUAGCUGGAGGCCAGAUCCCAAAAGUUCUUCACAUCAUCUGGGCAUUGACGACGACCAGCAGCGCAGCAUCCGUUCUGUUCACCGCAGUUAUCGCAGCAGAUCGCUACGACUGUGUGUGCCGAGCGCACAACCGAUUCUUCACCAAGAGACGGGCCCAGGCAGCAGUCUGCAUGGCACUUUCGUUUUCGUUCGCCAUCAACAUUCCGGCGUUCAUUGCAAUGAUCACCGAUCCUUCCGAUGUGGUCCUGAGGAUGCUCGUGUUGGCAUUUCAGGUUCUCUGUUUUGGGACUGCAUUGGUCAUGAUCGCAGUGUGCUACGGACUGGUCUAUGUAACCAUUCGGAAGCACGUCAGAGUGGGUGUCCUUGCGAAAACCAUGUGGGGUCCAGCGGUGGCUGGUAUGCCCGACUUGAUGACAGCUCGCUCCGCUGUGUCAAAGACUUGUGACACCAACAUAAUACUUGUUCCUGUGACUACGCACACCGAUCCAUCACCUAACAUCAGUGCUACCGAUAAGACUACUGACGCACCCUCCUCGUCUCGGGGAAUUCCCGGCCCCUCCCUUGAUGCUGCCGGGGAGAAAAAUCCACGCAAACUUCAGCCAGUAAACGAAGAACGACCCCGCAAUCUCAAAGGGGUAAGUCUACAGCGUAAGACGACAAGGAUGCUCUUCAUCACUAGUGUGGUGUUCCUGCUGCUCUGGCUGCCCUACUGGACGAAGGUUGUCCUGGAGUUUGCCUCCUUUGGACUCGAGACACCGAUCAACCCGACAUUUAUGAGAAUACUGGGAGAUUCGACCGCCCUUCUGUUCGUCAACAACGCCGUGAACCCAGUUAUCUACGGACUCGCAAACAAACGAUUCAGAAAAGACUGCUGGCAAGUGCUUCAAAAGAUCAAAUUGUGGUAAAAUAAACUCAAAUAAAGGCAUUUAGAUGAGUUCACAAAACAAUUGUAUAAAAACAAAAUGUUAAAUUUCAUCAACACCGUUGUCAUGUUCCAAACCAGUUGUUUCACGGAAAUACGCGUACGGGUAUGGGAUCUGAAAACUAUAGUGACG